CCGGGGCGCUCUGGUAUGUGUACCCAGUACACACCUGAGUUCACACUUCUCCCUACCUGUCACACACCGGACCGGUCGCCAACAUGUCCCCCCGAUCCGCUGGCGUGCUCUGUCUGCUAGCUGUGCUCCUCUGCUGCUGUAUCAAGGGGAGUUUCGGUGCUAAGAAGACCAGAGAAGAGCUACUUGCGCAAGUGGACGAUGUUGUGAAGAACUUGAAGACGAUGAACUCCAAGCGAGAACUUGGAUCAGAGGGCAUCAGCCGUUCUUCCCUCGGACAGCUGUAUAUGACUGAGAUGGAGAUAAAGCGUGCCCUGCUGGGUGACCCUGACGACCUGGACCUUCAGGAGGCCAUGAGGGAGCUCAAGUCGCUGGAGAAGGAAGUGCACAAAGACCAAAAGAAGGCCAACAUCCCUCAAAUCCGCAGCAAAGCCGACGUCCCGGCCGCUCUCGCGAGAAUCAUCAAGGAGCGAGAACAGCUGUUCUCUCAGGAGCAGGCCAAUCAAAUUGUUCGUUAGAGGACGGAUCCACCAAUCAGGCUUCGACUUGGAUAUUGAAUUUCAUAUGUGCGUUUGAAUUUUUAGAAACCUCUUACCCUUGCUUGAUAAAGCCCAUGCUUGUCGUGUUAUAACGUAGAGUCCUCAUUUUUUGAAAGAUAUAGAAUAAUUCCUUGCAUGUAAUAUGAUUUCCUAUACAUGUAAAAUGCUUGGGAUUGGAGGCAUUUAUUAUUGAGAAUCCAAAUAACUUCUGUGUUACAAUAUUCACGCAUUCAUCACUAUAACUCCCGUAUUUGAAGGAAGUUGUUGAAUUUUUAAAAAAUGCACUUCUGGCUGCUAUGAUUCACUUAACUCUCACGUUAGGGGCAAUUCAUGUUGUAACAAAAUAAAUCGGAAGAUUGAUUCGACUGAAAAAGGGUAACAACUGCGAGAUUGGGAUACCCGGUAAGCACAUACAGUAGGGUAAUAUAUCAGGGAAACAAUAAGGAUGUUACACGUAAUGUGGGUUUAUAUCAUGGUUGGUGUCCUACUUUUGCUCAUGUAUAAUGUACUAGUAAGGCAAUAAACUUUUGGAUUGAAGACAUCGCA